ACAAAAUUUUCUCCAAAAAGUUUUCCUUCUUGUCUCCGAAACCAAAUGAAUGAGAUUCACAAACCAACUGAGAAUUCAAGCACAAUCCCAUUCCUCCAAUGGCUUCCUUCAUCGAGCCAUUCAACCUCUUUACUCCAACAAUCCCCUCGAUUGCGGCGCUUAUGGCCGCCUCAUCCAGCACUGUACGGACCGCCGCUUGCUCCGCCAGGGAAAGCAGCUCCACGCCCGCCUCGUCGUCUCCUCUGUCGUACCUGGAAACUUCCUCGCCUCGAAACUCAUAGGCUUCUACUCUAAAUCCGAUUGUAUUGAUUAUGCACGCCAGGUGUUCGACCAAAUUCCCCACAGAAACACUUUCUCUUGGAACGCCAUGCUCAUUGCCUAUUCGCUUCAUGGCCUGCAAUUCGACGCACUGAAUCUGUUUUCGUCACUGGUAUCAUCGCGAUCGAGCGGUGUUAAGGCUGAUAAUUUUACGGUCACCUGUGUCAUGAAGGCGUUGGCGGAGUUGUUUUCAGAUUCGAGAUUGGCUAAGGAGGUUCAUUGCUAUGUUGUCCGACACGGGUUUGAUUUGGAUAUCUUUGUUGUUAAUGCUCUUGUUACGUGUUACGCUAGAUGUGAUGAGCUUGGUGUUGCGCGGGUUUUUUUUGAUAGGAUGCCGGAGAGAGACAUAGUUUCGUGGAAUUCGAUGAUUUCUGGGUAUUCUCAAGGUGGGCUUUACUUGGAGUGCAAAAAAUUGUACAGGGAGAUGUUGGGGUUGAAAGAGUUGAGGCCUAACGCGGUGACGGUACUCAGUGUCUUGCAGGCGUGUGGGCAGUCCAAGGAUCUUGUUUUCGGGAUUGAAGUUCACCGCUUUAUGAAUGAGAAUCGAAUCAAGAUGGAUAUUUCGCUUUGUAAUGCGCUUGUUGCAUUGUAUGCAAAAUGCGGUAGCUUGGAUUAUGCUCGCGAGUUUUUUGAAGGUUUGAAAGAGAAGGAUGAGGUCACUUAUGGGUCGAUGAUUUCAGGAUAUAUGGCUUACGGAUUUUUCGACAAUGCCAUGGAUCUUUUUGACAAAGUUAAGAAAUCAGGACUAAGCACAUGGAAUGCUGUGAUAUCGGGUCUCCUUCAAAACAACCAGCAUGAAAGAGUCUUGGAUUUAUUUCUUGCAAUGCAAGCAAGUGGCUUUAGACCGAACACAGUAACACUUUCAAGUGUUCUCCCAACAAUUUCGCAUUUUUCGUAUCUAAAAGGAGGUAAAGAAAUACAUGCUUAUGCUCUUAGAAGCAGUUAUGAUCAGAAUAUCUAUGUUUCAACUGCUAUUAUCGAUGCUUAUGCAAAGUCUGGGUAUCUUCACGGGGCGCGGAGGGUUUUUGAUCAAUCGAGAGGGAGGAGCUUGAUCAUUUGGACUGCAAUAAUCUCGGCAUAUGCAGCGCAUGGAGAUGUUGAGACAUCUCUUCAUCUUUUUGAUGAGAUGGUGAAUAAUGGGAUUCGGCCAGACGAAGUAACAUUUACGGCAGUGUUAACAUCUUGCGCUCAUUGCGGAUUGGUGGAUGAAGCUCGGAAGAUAUUUGAUUCUAUGCUGCCACAAUAUGGAAUUCAUCCCUCCAUGGAGCAUUACGCUUGCGUGGUGACUGCUCUUAGCCGAGCUGGGAGACUCUCCGAAGCAACUGAAUUCAUUUCGAAAUUGCCAGUUGAGCCAAGUGCUAAAGUGUGGGGUGCAUUGCUUAAUGGGGCAUCGGUUUCUGGCGAUGUUGAACUGGGGAAAGUUGUUUACGAUCGCUUGUCUGACAUUGAGCCCGAGAACACCGGAAACUAUGUCAUUAUGGCUAAUUUGUAUUCGCAAGCUGGGAGAUGCGAGGAAGCUGAUGAGGUCAGGGAAAGAAUGAACAAAAUUGGGUUGAAAAAGCUCGCAGGCAGUAGCUGGAUCGAGACAAAUGGUGGAUUAGGAAGUUGUAUAGUUAGUGAAUGUAACAAAUAGGGGAAACUAGGAGUUUUAAUGAAGAUGGUGUUUAUAUUUGAUACUAAAGAAGGUACAUCUAAUCAGGAAUACUGAAGGCCAUGUACUAUGCAUUGAAAAGAUCCUUUUAACUAAAAAGUGGCACAUGGAAGAAAUGCAGGGACCAAAGCGAGUGAGCAAGCUUGAGUCAUGCGAAAAUGGCCGUUGGGAAUUAAUCGAGUUCUUCGUUUGCUACCGAGGAUUAUGUUGACGAGACUACUGGUUGAAAAAACGUUUAA